AUGCCAAACUAUCCAAAGAAGCAGUUUGGCGGCAAGAAUCGCAAGAAGGCCAAAUUUGACAACAAAAAAAAGAGCAGUGAACACGAUGAGGUCCUGCUCACCGACAUUGACCAACUCAUCAAGCGCAAUCGCCCCGAGGAAGACCAGUCCAACGGCGACAAUGGCACCCCGGCUUCCACUCUCCCGGAGCCUUUCACUGAAAUCGAUGUGACGGUAUCAGACCUUUCCUCGACAGGAGACGGUCUUGCCCUCUCCGAGAACAAAGACCAUGUAUAUGUUGUGCCCUUCACAGUCCCCGGAGACAAGGUGCGCGUGAAAGUCAUCAGACAUUGUCCCGCUCAGUCUUACAGUGUGACCGACUUUCUCAGCGUGAUUGAGCCAGGACCGAAGCGAAAUGAUGAGCUCAUUAAAUGCGGCUAUUUUGCAAAGUGUUCUGGGUGUCAAUUGCAGAUGAUGUCGUACGAGGACCAGCUGGCGCAUAAGCGGCGCAUUGUGGAGAAGGCCUAUGCCAAUUUCUCUGGCUUGAUCCCGGAAUUGGUUCCAACUAUUGGCGAAACCUUCCCUUCGCCUCUGCAAUUUGGAUAUCGCACAAAGCUCACGCCACACUUCGCACAGGGCAGCGGAAGGAAGAAGGCGAAUGCCGAUCAAGGAGAACCGCAGGAGGUCACAGUGCCGCCAAUCGGCUUUACCUUCAAGAAUCGGAGAACGGAUAUGGAUAUCGAGGAUUGUCCCCUGGGGACAGACAUCGUGCGACGUGGGCUCAAGAGUGAACGGAAACGCGUUGCUGAGAACAUCCGCUCCUAUAAGAGGGGUGCAACUCUUUUGAUGCGGGAAUCUACCUCCCGCAUUGCCAAGGAUGCAGCGGGAGCCGAGUCUGAUGUCAAAGACAAGAACGGGCUCACGUCAACCGCUGGCGCCGACACUGGCGACGUUAUUCGCACCGAUCGCGGGGAUUAUAUCGAGGAAAAGCGCUGUAUCACCGACAAUAACGCUACCUCCAUCGAGUAUGUGGACGACUUCAUCUUCAGCAAUAAAGCCGGCGCCUUCUUCCAGAACAACAACUCCAUUCUCUCCGGAUUUACCGAGUUCAUCCGUUCUCACGCUCUUCCUCCUGGCAAUGAUCAAGAUCCUAAGCCCAUCAAGUAUCUCCUCGACGCCUACUCGGGCUCUGGCCUGUUCACAAUCACGCUCUCAACGAUCUUCAAGUCCAGUCUCGGUGUUGAUGUCGCCAAUGACUCAAUCACCUCUGCUCGUGAAAACGCCAAGGCUAAUAAUCUGCCGAACACGGGCUUUGCCGCUGCGGAUGCAGCAGUCCUUUUCAAGGAUGUACCUUACCCGCCUGACCAGACUCUGCUUGUCAUUGAUCCGCCUCGCAAGGGCUGUUCGGAGGACUUCCUUCAACAGCUUCUUGAGUUCAAGCCUCGUCGCGUAGUUUACGUGAGUUGCAAUGUUCACACCCAGGCUCGGGAUGUGGCGGUCAUGGUGCAAGGCGAUGAGAAGCAAGACGUGCGAUAUGAGAUUGAGAGCAUUCGCGGAUUCGAUUUCUUCCCUCAAACAGGGCAUGUCGAAGGCGUGGCUAUCCUGAACCGCACUUCUUUCCCUAAGAAGGACUCGGCGUAA